CUAUCCAUAGCCUCUGAAGCCAGCUCACUCACACUUCAGGAGAUGGUCACGGUGAUGGUCAUGUGAUGUGAUGUACUUCACCGGUGAUGUGCGGUGUGACUGAGGCAACCGCGUACCUGCAUCUCGGCAUGACAGCAGCUACACCAGUGCUGUUUGCGCGACAUGAAUACGAUCUUUGUGAAACCAGCGCUGUGAUCCCGAGUGUUUUCCCCGAAAGACGGUCAGCAUCUCAAGAAGUCGAUCAGUAUUGGCGAACUGCGUGCCGGUGGCGAGCACGCACUCAAAACUUUGGUGAGGGAGGUUGUCCCGAUGGAGCCACAGCUCAUCACAGACGGCAUCUCGGUGCAAAGAAGCUGUACAGUGACCGAUCUCAGCAGACAAAGAGCUAACCCCGCUUCAUGUGACUGUAGCCUCAGGCACCCUCGUGUACCUCGCAAGGCUGAAUGCUUGGAGGUGUGGCUUUGCAUUGCAGCGGUGUGAAUAUCUGAGUACAUCCCUCACACAUCUGGUCCCGGCUCUUGC